AUGGCAACCAUGCAGGCUUCCAUGAACACUGCCUAUGAGAAGAAGUGGCCACUUUAUCUUAGCACAAAGAACACUAUUAUGAAGAAGUAUGAUGAAAGAUUCAAGGACAUAUUUCAAGAAGUUUAUGAGGCCAAUUGGAAAUCGAAGUUUGAGGCUGCUGGCAUAUUGUACGAGCACCAACUCAUUGAUGAUAUGGUGGCUUAUGCUCUCAAGAGUGAAGGAGGUUAUGUAUGGGCAUGCAAGAACUAUGAUGGUGAUGUCCAGAGUGAUUUCUUAGCCCAAGGUAUACCUGGGUACCCAGGUCGUAAUUCAGAUGAACACUCAUACUGGAAGUAUAUGGAGCUUAUAAGUGUAGGAAAGAGUAAAUCCACGAAAGCCACAGCGGUCAAGAUGUCUCAUGUCUUUAAGCUGGAAAGGAAAUCGGACGGCUGGGCCGCUGCCUCCACAAUGAUUGAAGGAAUACAACGUAUUAGCAGGUUGGAGGACGACGUCGUGCAAAUCUCAAACGGGAAAGUCUAG